CAGAAAAACAGAAAAAACACUCGGAUUGCAUCUUUAAAAGCUCAAAAUGGGCAUAAGAUUCAUGUCCAUGAUUAUACUUUUAAUCAAAGGUUUGAGUUUUGUUUUUAUGCGCUGCCUGUGGAUUAUUCACAGCCUCUUUUUUAUGAAUCUGAGAAACAAAUGAAGUUGUGAAACUUCCUUAGCGGGAGCCUGAGGAGGAGUUAGCGCCUGACAAUGAGCGCAUUUCUUAAUGACCUGGCAGAGAAAGGCAUGUGGGCGCAGCUGAUGAUCAGAGCUGCGCUGUGUGUGCUGGAGGGUAAUCGGGCAGCUUGAAGCUUUCCGUCAGUGUUGAUUCAGACCUAAGCGACGUCACAGCCAGUCAAACUGAAGCUGCAGCUUAUUGCUCUGCUGUUUGCUUCCUGCAGAUGAAAAAUGGCUGAAUCACACAGGGUGACAGCGCAGGGCAGGAAGAAAUGGAGUUUACCACAGAGACCCGAGACGGAUCAGAACAAAUUGGCAUCUCGAUGUCCGGAUGGAGAAGCUGAAAGAAAACUGGAAGUUCCUUUCAGAGGUCAAAUCUCCGGCGGGCUGCAGCCAGGGAAGAAGGUGAUCGUGGUUGGGCUGGUGGAUCCGAGUCCAGAUCGGUUCUACGUCGCUCUGACUUGCGGCCGCGGGUCCAGGGAGCCGCCACCCAACGUGGCGCUGGAGCUCUGCGUCCGGUUUAAAGACCGACAGGUCCUGCGGAGAGCCUGCGUUUCGGGAUCCUGGGGCGAAGUGGAGAGAGCGGUUCCUUUUUUCCCUUUUAUCAAGGAUCAGCCCUUCAAGAUUGAGAUCCACUGUGAACACGGCAGAUUUCGGGUGAUUGUGGACGGACAGCAGCUGUUCAGCUUUCAGCACAGAGUUCUGCCGCUCAGCCACGUCGACACUCUGUGGAUCAAAGGCAGCUUAAAAAUCACAAAACUUGCCUAAAACUAAAGACUUUUAGACUUUUACACUUCAGAAGAUCGCAGACGUUUAUAUUUAUUCAGAAAUGCUUUUAUA